AACUGACACCUGACGGACACGGUGCUGCUGCAGAUGAUAAAAGUUCACCGAACAGUGACGUUGAAUCAGUUCCUUCACGCGCUCUCCGGCUGUUGUUGUUGUUGUUGUGUCCUCUCCGCUGUUCACGUGCAGGUGAGAGUCGACGUCUCUUACGUGACGGUGCGCGCGCUCCUGUGACAGCCGCUGCUCACUGAGGACACCGCACGCGCUCUGUGGUCACCACGUUGUCCUCUGUGGGGAGGAGGGGCGGGAGUCUCUACUCUAUACAAGCUGCCCCGCGCCAGGACCCCCGCGGACUCCGGACCGGCUUGCAGCCUCAGCUGAGCACACAGGCCGCCUGGCUGCCGGGCAGACAUGUCCCGCUCACCUCUCCACUGCCACACCGGGGGAGAGUCGCCCUCCCCGGCGCAGCCCAUGAACAACGGCCAGGAGGAGAUGGACGACGAGGACGAGGAAGGAGACCUGGACGACGAGGUGGACGCUUCUCAACUGGAGAGAUUUAUGAAAGACCGGAGGAGAGCCAAGUCCCUGCCCGCCUACCCGGCGGCGCUCCUGGACGGCGUCUCCGGGAGUAACGGGAGGAAGCGCGUGAAGUUCGCCGACUCCAUGGGGCUGAACCUGGCCAGCGUCAAGCACUUCAGCUCGCUGGAGGACCCGCAGAUCCCGACCAAGGUUCUGUCCAGACACAAGAGCUUCCCGCCGCAGCAGCAGGACUUACUGAGCGACCUGUGCCAGAGCUUCAAGUCCAGCCUGGACACGGACCGGCUGGUCCCCUGCUUCCCGGAGCCCCGAGAGGCGGAGCUGCGAGUCCGGCAGACCCGCGUCUGCCUCGAGAAUAUCACCAUCACGCAGUUCGACGUGCGGGGGCAGAUCCGGGUCUUUACCGGCCAUACCGACAAAGAGGUCGGAGUGAGGUACACCUUUAACGACUGGCUCUCCUACGUGGACGCGCAGGCUCUGCCCGUGGCCGCGGAUCAGCCGGGCUUUGUGGGAGAGCGGUUCAGCUUCACCGUGUACACGCCGCCCUUCAUGGACCCCAGCUCGGCCGUGCACUUCGCCGUGUACCUGAGGAGUGAGGAGGGCGAGUUCUGGGACAACAACGAGGGGCAGAACUACACCCUCAGGUACCACUGUAUGUCCAGCACCGCACCCUUCGUCAGCGCCGCGUUCCACUCCACCUGACCGCUGCGUGCGUCGUGCGUAAAACAUGUAGGUCCGUGCGUAAAACCCCUCCACCCGCCCCGUCUGCUGAAAGGAACGCUUUGAUGUGCAGCUGCAGUGUCUCCUGCUGUGAUCAGAUAACUUGUGCAGUCAGAAGAUCCAGAUGUAAUUUAGAUUUUUCUUAAUUUUGGCCUCUGGAUGAUUCCGUUUUCCUUUUCUCUUGAUUGUGAAACAGCCUCCUGAAAACCUGCUGAGCUGAAGCUCAUAAAUGUGUCUCUGAGGGAAACACAGCUGACAGUUAUGGAUAUUUUUCUGAAUUUCCACUUGGAUCGAUGGGAUUUCUCCCAGAGGACGCACAGACCCAGCGGACUGAUUCUGUGAUCCGGCUUUAAGAAAGUUAAUGUGCGUUAGUGCCAACAACCUUCAGGACGUUUUGGACCUGUUGACAGCCAGAAACACACGUGUCUCUGUCUCACUGCUGCUGAGACUCCACCUGUUGAUUAGAAAACCUAAAUAUUUCUGCGCUUUCUUCAGCAUGUUCACUUCUGUACCUGAAGAUGACGAACUCAGGUGAGAAUCACCGCGACAAAAUCAGCUGCAGUCAUUUCAAGAUGAUCCACUCAGGCCGGAUGAAACAUGAUCUACUUCCUGCUGUGUGCAGACUCACUGUGAUGUGAACCUUUCAGUCCUCACCGAGCUUUGAGUCCGGAGUCGUGUAGUCCAUCAUUUGAUCAGUGUCACAUCACUUGCUUCAUAACUGAGUGGGAGUGAUGGUUUACGAACAAAUCUCAAGCCUCUCAGAUUCAUUUUCAUCCUGUCAGGAAAUGAAUGAAUAUCAAUGGUUCCCAGAAACUGUAUUAACGUCACUGAGGAGCUGCAACCAAUCAGCUGCUUUGAUGGUCCCAUAGAUUCUGUGAUCUUCCUGUCUGCUUUCAUAAUAAACACCUGCAGGAGAAUUUGUUCCUGGAAUAUUUCAACAGUAAUUCUCACAAAGUGUUCAGGAUGUUUUCAUCAAAGUGAGUCAAUCAAUAAAUUCUGCUUUC